GUAACUGAUUUAGCCGGGACGAUUUGAGGAGGGGGUUUGGGAGGGGGGGGGUAGUGUAACCAACAGGCCUUCUGACCCACCCUCCAUACCAGUUGGUGGCGGUAAUGUGCUAAUUCGUUGUUCGCCAACCGCCAAUAAAGACGAGGAAGAAGAAGAAGAAGAAGCACUGGGUAUUAGCAUAAUCGAGCUCGCGGCUAGCAGCGCGUGUGUGAUUGGACCCGGUGAAGAUGCCCAGACACGGCCGGCACGGCGGAGAGAGCAAGGUUUAUGUGGGAAACCUCGGGACGGGUGCAGGGAAGGGAGAGCUGGAGCGGGCCUUCGGAUACUAUGGCCCCCUCAGGACUGUGUGGAUAGCCCGGAACCCGGCAGGCUUCGCCUUCGUGGAGUUUGAAGACCCAAGAGACGCUGAAGACGCAGUCCGUGGAUUAGAUGGCAAGGUGAUCUGUGGAAGUCGAGUGAGAGUGGAGCUCUCCACCGGGAUGCUACGCCGUUCGCGGUAUGACAGACCCUCCACACGCCGACCGUUUGACCCCAACGAUAAGUGCUAUGAGUGUGGUGAGAGGGGUCACUAUGCCUAUGACUGUCACCGCUACAGUCGACACAGGAGAAGCAGAUCCAGGUCCAGGUCUCACUCCAGGUCCCGUGGGAGGAGGUACUCCCGCUCUCGGAGUUGCAGCAGGAGCCGGGGACGGAGGUCCAGGUCCUUCUCCCCACGGCGCUCUCGCUCCACUUCUCCCAGAAGAUCUCGUUCUGACACUCCCAAGAGGUCAAGGUCCCGUUCCCAUUCCCGUUCCCGUUCUCGCACUCGGUCCCACUCUCGUUUGAGGAACAGGUCAAACUCUGGCUCUUCAGCCCGGAGGGCUGUGAUGAUUCUCCAGGGCUUGCUGUGUUUGAACCUGUUGGUCCAUGUGGCUCUACCUCAGCAGGGAGGAGAACCAGUCUCCUACUCAUGUACAGACGGCUAUGAGUACAGCAUGGAACAGCAGGAAUGCAAAGAUAUAAAUGAGUGUCUGACCGUCCGGGAUGCCUGUAAAGGCGGAAUGCGCUGCAUCAACCACUUUGGUGGCUACUUCUGUCUGCCGCAGAACGCUCAGAUCAUCGUCAAUAACGGAGAGGCGGAGCCAGCGGCGACCCCCGUGGGGGAGGAGACACCGCCGGCUCCGCCUCCUGGACUCCCGGCGUCACUUCCGGACCGCAGCACCGGCCUGCUUCCUGUCCGCUGUGCUGCUGGCUUUGUGGCCGAUGAGCUCAACUACUGCAGAGACGUGAAUGAGUGUGAGAGCAGUAACCCGUGCCAGCAGCACUGCUACAACGUAAUGGGAUCCUUCAUCUGUCAGUGUGAUGCCGGGUACCAGCUGGCUUCAGAUCAGCUCUCCUGUCAAGACAUCAACGAGUGUUCGUUCCCCAGCUACAUGUGUCAGUGGCAGUGUGUCAACCAGCUGGGAGGCUACACGUGUGUCUGUCCAGAGGGAUACCAGCUGCAGGGAACACGCAUGUGCAAAGACAUCAACGAGUGUGAGACGGGACACAACUGCCGCGAGGACGAGGUGUGCUGGAACUACUUUGGGGGGUUCCGCUGCUAUCCCAGAAACCCCUGCCACGAACCCUACAUCCAGAGCGGAGAGGGACGUUGCAGCUGUCAGGCAGUGAGCGCGUGCAGAGGCCUGCCGCCCUCCAUCGUGUAUAAGUACAUGAGCAUCACCUCUGAACGCUCAGUCCCCGCUGACAUCUUCCAGAUCCAGGCCACCAGCAUCUACCCCACCAUGCACAACACCUUCCGGAUCAAAGCUGGGAACGAGGGAGGCCAGUUCUUCCUCAGGCGGUCCAGUAACGUCAGUGCCAUGCUGGUGAUGACGCGGGCCCUGAGUGGACCCAGAGAACACGUGGUGGAUCUGGAGAUGGUCACCCAGAACCAGGCGCUCAGCUACCGCUCCAGCGCCCUGCUGCGGCUCACCAUCAUCGUGGGCCCGUAUGCCUUCUGAACGGACCCCGGCACCCUCACGAAGUCUUCCCGGCCACGUCCCGUCCAUAGUAAACUAGUUCUUCUGAGGGCUUCUGUUCCAAAGUACAAUACUGACUAUUUGAAAACAACGACCGCUGCUCUGAAAAAGGAAGGGUGAAAAUGAAGGCAGGUGAAAAGCACUUGGAGCAGGACAGCCGCCACCUUACUUCUUGGUUGACCUUUUGUUCUGCAGACGUUUUACACAUACACAUAUGAAUAAUGAAUCCCACCCAAUGUCUUGCUUCUGAGUGGAUGAGUUGCCUUAUAUAUGUAUGUGUGUGUAUGUGUAAAUAUAUAUAUAUACACAUACACACAUACAUAUAUAUACACACACACAUAUAUAUGUAUGUAUAUAUAUGUAUGUGUGUAUAUAUAUAUAAUCCAGUGAUUCAAGUAAAUUCUUUGAGACAUGAUUUUUAUGCAGAUGAUUACUUAUCACAGGCUUAUUACAGGCUUAUUACAGGCUUAUUACAGGCUUCUUACAGGCUUGCACUGGCUCAUAAAGAAUUUACUUGACUCACUUGAUUAUUUUGCUCCUUAUUUGUUGAGCGCGUUCCCUACCGUUGAGUGUUUCUUAUUAUAUGUAUAUAUUUAUACAUAUAUAUGUAUAAGUAUAUGUAUAAGUAUAUUUACAUAUAUAUAUUUACAUAUAUAUAUUUACAUAUAUAUAUAUAUAUAUAUAUAUAAUUCAUCAAUAUAGAUAUAUAUAGCGUUUUUUUUCUAGAAACCGUCAGUGGUGUUGAUAAAAGUGCUGAACAGAUGAGGAGCGGAAUAUUAAGAAACUGAAAUAUUAAUAUUAAAUAAUAUUAAUCUUUAUAUAUAUAUUUAUAUACAUGUAUAUAUGUAUAAAUAUACAUAACUUUAUACAUAUAAAUGUAAGUAUAUAUGUAUAUACAUGUAUGUAUGUAUGUAUGUAUGUAUGUAUGUAUGUAUGUAUGUAUGUAUGUAUAAAUAUAAAUAUCAUGGCGUGGUGCAUUACGCAGGACAGCUGAUUGCCAGCGGCCUUGUUGUUGUUGUAUGUGUUUUGUGUGUCAGAAUGGUGCGAUGACGCCGGCACUUACCUGAGUUUAGCGAGAUAAAAGAUCAACCAAA